CUCCAGCGUUCAGCGUUGCUCCUCCUCGGUGGCCUGAGCUGCGUUCGAAGCCCAACAUCAGCAUGAACCCCAGACUCAGAGGCUCCGCGUUCAUUGUCCUGCUGGCUGCUCUGAGCAUUGUUGAGGGGAUGGGCGUUAGAGGAAUCGGAAUGGAGCCGCGCUGCCGCUGCAUCAAGACGGAGAGCCGGCGCAUCGGCAGCUACAUCCAGAAAGUGGAGCUGUUUCCUCCGAGCCCCCAGUGCGAGGACACCGAGAUCAUCGCCACUAUGAAGAGGAGCGGGCGGGAGAUCUGCCUGGAGCCCACGGCUCCGUGGGUCAAGAAGGUCAUCGAGAAGAUCUUGGCCAACCAGAAGCCCUGAAGACCUGAAGAAGGAGCGUGAGAAUAAAAAGUCCACCCUCAGGUGUUCCCAGUGUCAUGUUCCCCCCGGAGCACAAAGAGCGACUGAUCGAUCACUUGUUCUACGACACUGAGCCGUGUUACAGUGCAAGCAAGAAGUUCAUGGCUUCUUCUCGUCCCCCAGAUGUUUGUCCAUGGAGACAAAUCUGAGUCAUACUGACAUUUAUAGAAGUCUUGUGAUUUAUUUGUAUUUAUUUAUAUGUUUGUGUUUAAUUUAUUUACAAUUAUUUUUAUUUCUGAUAAUGUUAUUUAAAUCUUUAGCACAUGAUUCAAUUUCUUUGUUUCAAUACUGUGUGCUCUGAAAAAUGAUGACCCACUGAUGUUGAGUUGAUGCACAUUGUAUCUGUGAGAUGUACGUCGCUUUGGACAAAAGAGU